AUGAUAUCACGGAAAUGUAUUUUAUACUUGUGUCUAACUACAGUUCAAUGUUUCUCCAUCGGAAACGAAUUUAGAGUCGGUGAGAUGCUCCCCAAAGACUUCUCUCGAGCUAUAGUGGAUUUAGCUGCCGGAUUACCGACCAGAGCCAUAACUAUUGUUAGAGGGAAUUCAACCAAUAUCAGUACAGAGGUUAUAGAUAAUCUAAUAUAUGCGUUAAGUAAAAACAAUAUUGGAGUUGUAUAUAUGGACUUCAGAGCAAAUAACAGCAAAAGCACCUAUUAUGAACAUCAAAGGAAAGGUCUGGACACAUCUGAAGAACGAACAAGUUUCAUACUUUGUGAGGCUUACGAAUGCGAAAAUAUUAUUUCUGAGUUAACAGAUAUAAAUUUCAUCCACCGUUCGAUGCUAUAUAUUUUCUACUGGGAACACGGGGCAGUUAGUACAAAGUUUUGCGACAGUAUCGAAGAAGCCAUGAGAGUGGUCGUUGUUACUCGAAGGAAAUGUGUCUACCGCAUUUACUAUAACCAAGCCACACCAGAUCGCCUUAAUCACUUAUCCCUAGUGAAUUGGUGGGCAGGUCGUUUAUAUAAGAAUCCAGUGUUGCCAGCUGCGGAUAAAGUGUACAAGAACUUUCGCGGGCGAGUUUUUAAUGUUCCUGUGUUACACGCUCCUCCAUGGCACUUUGUUAAUUACAAAAAUUCUUCAGUUAACGUAACGGGCGGUAGAGAUGACAAGCUACUCGCACUGCUGGCUGGGAAAUUAAAUUUCAAAUACAAAUAUUACGAUCCACCAGUGCGAAGUCAGGGCUCAAUGAUAUCCGGUAACGGCACAUUCAAAGGAGUUCUUGGACUCAUAUGGAAACGGCAAGCUGAUUUCUUCCUUGGAGAUGUUACGAUUACAUGGGAAAGGCUUCAAGCGGUGGAGUUCUCUUUCCUAACCCUAGCAGAUUCGGCAGCCUUCCUCACUCACGCUCCAGACAAACUCAGCGAAACUCUUGUUAUCAUUAGACCCUUUCAAUGGCAGGUAUGGCCCCUGGUAUGCGCUACCUUGCUUGUAAUAGGCCCAGCUCUUUGGUUUGUGAUAGCAACGCCGAUGUAUUGGCAGCGACGUCAACAAAACAUGCUGCAACUAUUGGACGAAUGUUGUUGGUUCACAACUACGCUGUUCCUGAGACAAACCUCCAACAAAGAGCCCUCCCGGUCAAACAAGGCUCGAUUGGUUUCUAUAAUAAUAUCCCUCGGCGCCACUUACGUCAUUGGAGAUAUGUACUCCGCAAACUUAACUAGUCUAAUGGCCAAACCGGCCAAGGAGCAGCCCAUCGGCACUUUGGAGGGACUCGAAGAGGCUAUGAGGGAGAGGGGAUAUGAAUUAGUCGUGGAAAAACAUAGUUCUACGCUGACAAUAUUACAGAUGUCACGUUCAAAGAAAAUAUUAGAUAUGCUACAAAAAACUGAUGCAGAAAGGCCUGAGCUUAGUGCACCAUUUUCAAAUGUUCCUACUGAUUAUACGAAAAAAAGUGUAAAUACUGCUCUGAACGUUGAUGACAACGACAUUAGACAACAAAGCUCACCUUUGCCUUCCGGUGCAGAAGAAAUCAGUCAAGAACUAGCUGAUAUAUGGGAAGAAGUUCUGCAUGAAGAUGGUGGGACCGAAGAAAUUACCUGCGAUAGCCCAAUACCGAAUGUGUCUGAUCCGUCUGCCAAAGAUGUUUACAGCAAUCAACCUAGCACAUUUUCUUUGGAAGUGCCUUCUAGUUUCGAGAAUUCACCAUUAAUUCAGCUUGAAGAGUUGUUAGAAGUUUCUCACCACAGAUCUACCCCAGUUAAUUUGGAACUGUCACUGCCAACUCCUAUGCCAUCUCCUACUAAUCUCCAUUCGAUCUGCGAUAGCUCAUUCUGCCCUAAUCAUGCAGACUUAUUAUCUAUGAUUUCUUCGUCGUCAUUUAGCACCACAAAUUCACCUUCUUCUUCGCACGUAAGCUAUGCCACCGUGACUCCUAAAACGACUAGAAAACGACAGAGGCGCCCAAAAGAAUGGACAGACGUUAAACGCAAAUGCCUUAAAAACUUAUAG